CCAAAACAAAUUUAGAACUUUCUUUACCCCCAUAGUAUAGUGUCGUGGUCAAAAAGAGGACGGUCGAUUCGCUGCAGUUUGGUUUGCUGCAAACAUUUAAAAACAAGCUAAAGUUCAACACGAUCCUCCUGAAACAGAGGUUUUAAAAUCCACAUUUUCUGCACUGCAUUCCGUGACUAGGUGUUGGUGUUUAUUUUCCGAUUUUGUUUACUGUUGGUGGGAAUCAUCUGUUAUUUCCCUCUUUCUGGGAGUGCCAACCAACUGGUCACUAGUUUCUUCCGAAUUCGAGCGGGAAGCGUUCGACCUUUCAACUGCACACCUUUCCUGAUUUAUCUAGUCUUUUGAGUUUCUCAUUGCUCCUCUCGCUUCUUAGCCUACACACGCAAAACAAGAUCUACCUAUCCUAUACUAGAAACAUACAGAAUGUCCGUAAUAGCCAAUAAUAUCGAUUACCAGCAGAACGCUGAUACUGACCAAAACAUGGCCUCACCAUCCCAAGCCAGUCCGCUUGCUUCCGCAGCAUCCGGAACGGCAGCUCUUGGAGGUGGUGCAAGCUCUAGCAGUGGACAAAAGGCAACCCUAGCAGCGGCGGCAGCAUCCGGUAGCUCAAGUGGAGGCAACGACACAACCACGCAGAUCUUGACGAAACCUCGACUGCAGGAAUUGGUGCGAGAAAUCGAUCCUACCGAGCAACUCGACGAGGAAGUAGAAGAACUGUUGUUGCAAAUAGCUGAUGAUUUUGUUGAAAAUACUGUGAACUCCGCCUGUUUGUUGGCAAAACAUAGAAAGGUUGCCAAGGUGGAAGUCCGUGACGUUCAAUUACAUUUGGAACGCAACUGGAACAUGUGGAUUCCUGGUUUCGGUACGGAUGAGUUGCGGCCUUACAAACGAGCAACAGUAACCGAAGCACACAAACAGCGACUCGCACUGAUCAGAAAAGCCAUUAAAAAGUAUUAAAAAGUACAACCAAUCUGCUCUCAUCUAAAACCGUUUUGGCUAUAUAUAUAACCAGAGUAACCAGAGUGUUCACUUCUAUGAGCUCUUGAACAGAAUAAAAUAUUCAUUAUCUUCGUGGAGAAAGUCGAAAUAAAGCUUUUAUUAACAAUAAACUGAAUUACAACUCGGU